AUGAAAAAGAUAAAGCGGAAAGGAGGCGUGGCCAGGCAGCGGCGUGGCCAGAGGGACCUGUGGCGUCACAACAAAAGCUGCGCACGCAACCGCUGUCCCCGCCCUUCGGAGAGGGGCGGGGCCGGCUUUCCUUGGGUGCGCGCGCAGCUUGCUGUGCCCAUCAAGCUCCGGGUCAGUGUUCCUUGCCCCGCGCACCUGAGAGGCCGCUCUCCGACUCCCGCGCUGGACCCUCUUGCGCCACUGAACCCCCUGAUCCGGGGGCCUCGGACCCCAGGGCUCAGGAGAUGGAUCCAGUCCCAGGCGCUCCUACUUCCCAGCUGCUCCUCCUCCCGCAUCCCCACAGUACCCCUGCCUCACAGCGGACUGUGGGUCCAAUCAGGCUUUCCCCUCGGAUUCCUCUCCAGGACUGAACCAGGACUUACCCGAAGUUGCCGCGGGGCCUUCCGAUCCCCUAGGCCAUCGCCCAAGUCUGGCCAGGCUGAUGGGACCAGCGAGGAGUCUCUGCACCGUGACAUUCAGAAACUGAAGGAGAAGAGGGACAUGCUGGAUGAGGAGAUCUCCCAGUUCAUAUCUGAAGGCUACAGUGUGGAUGAACUGGAGGACCACAUUACCCAGCUUCACGAGUACAAUGACAUCAAGGAUGUGGGGCAGAUGCUGAUGGGCAAACUAGCUGUGAUCCGAGGUGUCACCACCAAAGAGUUGUAUCCAGAGUUUGGGCUGGACAUGAAUGACUGAGCAGGCUCAUCGCCCCUUGUCCACAGUCCCCAGGGACAGAAGGGUGUGGACAUGAUAAACACCGAGAGCCCAACCAGCACACCUACAGAGUUUCCAGCGAGAAAAUGCCAGAAGCGCUUUUCUAGAGAGCCCAAGCUGAAUCAGGAGGAGCCUAGAGAAGAGGCGGGCAGGGAGGAAGGGGCGUUCCCAGCUCCAAGGUUCCUGAAAUGUCGCAGUGAUACUUAUAUAGGGGUACAUGUACUUUAUUUGUCAAUAAACGUAUCUGUACACUGA